CGACAUUCACGGAUCGGAUGAGGCUGACAUAAAAUCCCACUAAAAGUAGGCUGUUGUGGGAAAUAGGUUAUAUUGGGAAAAGGAUACGUUUGGCGUAGAGAGCAAAAAAUAAAUUAAUUAAUGAAUUAAAAAUCCGUCGAACAGAUCAUAGCCGCGGAAGGCGUUUGCAUUCGAGGGAUGCGCUUAAGAAUCCCUUAUAAAUAGAACAAAACGCUGCAGCCGGGUCGUGUCGCAGCUCCAAGCAUGGCAGCUGUCAGUUUAACGGAACCACUUUGCCAGCCAUGUGGUUACAAUGAUCAUUUCAAAGUUGAACUAUACGUGAAAAAGCCCCUGAUGCCGAUCCACCUGAGCCCUGAGCAGGUGGCACUGGAGAUGCUCUGUCUUUGCAGUCAGAUGGACCUCCUCAUAAGGGCUCAGGUCUACCAGUUUCAGGGGCAGCUAAAGCAGGACAGGAGUCCUGAAGAAUCAGAUUCUUUUCAAAAACAAGGAGCUGAAAUUAUAGAUCAGAUGAACCAAAACCUCGAACACCUGCCUAAACCGGCACCCCUCCUGGAGGACUAUCUGGACAUCGCUGGACUAUCUGUCAUGUUCCCUCGAGUAGAGGUUUACAUCAUCCACGGCAGCCCCGUGGACAUGCUGGAGACGCCACCGCUGGACGGGUAUCUCCCUCACCUCGGGAGGCUGAAUCAGUUGCUGGUUCUGAGUCAGCAGCUGGAGGACGACGUGAAACACUUAGGAAGCCACAAAUACAUCCCCCAUCAGCUUGCUGUUAUAUACCAAGUGCUCAGCUGUCUCAAAGACAUACUGCCACUGUCUAGUAUAAAGAGGGACAUUGAGGCCAACUUUAAGCAGAUGAAGAUUUCUUUGAUAAUAGAGGAAGGGGCCCAGCAAGAACCCCAGUUACCAGACCAAUACCUCAGCUGGGUAUCACGGUUAACACACAGCAUAAUAUCAGCAGUGUCUUCACUCGCCGGACAACUCACUGAAGAACUCAGCCCAGUCAUGGCCUUUGUCUCUAAGCUGUCCUGACAAAACUAGUCUGUGGAAUUGAUGCCAUGGCAUUCAUCUGUACUGCCAAAUUUUUGCAGGUGACUGGCAGCAUUUUUAGAAAUACACUGCGACAGCCCAAGGAAUGAUGUGUGCACCCGAUGAGCGAGCAUACCACGAUGACCACUGUGGUUUAAUAAGCAAAUAUUACUGGUUUCAUGCAAGCCUACUAAUUAACGGCACUGAACCAGACCAGAUGAAUGUUUGCAGGACCAGGCUCAGCAAAGGCGCAUCCGUCAUAAAAAUGAAAUAAAGUAGAAGCAAAAAUCAACAGCAGCACAACGCAGACUACGAGAACGAGACGUUAUAAGCAAGAUUAAUGUUUACUAAUAUUGAAUAUAUUUAUUUCACUUCCAUUUGGUUAUUCUGUAUGACUCAUGGUGCUAACAGUAUUCAGUGAAGUCACUUGGAAUACGAAUAAAAGUCUUUACUGUACACCAGAGCCGCACU